AUGGAGACGCUGAGAGCCAUAUUCGUCAAGCCUGAUCCGCAGCAACAGCUGCGGAAAUGCAACGCUCUCAUUCGCUCGAAUAUCCGUAAACUCGACCGCGAUAUCAACCAAGUCAGGCAAGUCGAGGCCAAGACGAAGAACCUCAUCCUCCAAGCCGAUAAGCGAGCCCAACGAGACCCGACGAGACAGAAACAAGCACAGAAGGAGGCGCGCGACUUUGCGCGGGAACUCAUCCGCGCGCGCAAGACGAGCAAUCGCCUAGUCACUUCCAAGGCGCAACUGAACAGCGUGCAAAUGCAGGUCAACGAGGCGUUUGCCGUGAGGAAGAUUGAGGGCAGCAUCCGCGCGAGCGUCGGCGUGAUGAAGGACGUCAACCGUUUGAUUCGGCUACCUGAGCUGGCCGGCACGAUGCAGGAACUCAGCGCGGAGUUGAUGAAGGCCGGCAUUAUCGAGGAGAUGGUGGGCGAGAGUCUGCCCGAGGACAUGGACGAGUUCGAAGAGGAGGAGGCCGAGGGCGAGGUCGACAAGGUCCUCGGCGAGAUUCUCAAGGACCGCAUGUCCAAGGAGAAGCUCCCCGCUGCGCCGGUCACGCAAGAACCCAAGCCGGUCGAGGUCGAGGAGGAGGAAGAGGAUGCCGAGGCUAUGAUGAAUCAGAUGCGCAACAGACUGGAGGCCUUGCGGAGCUAA